AUGUUGAUAGAGUUGAUUUGUUUAUCGGUUAGUGUUUAUUUUUUUUCUCGGUGGUUUUAUUUUUUUCAAUAUUUGAUUCACUUUUAUUAUCACCACAUCCAUUUGAUAAUGUUACAGUAUUGUAUACACAUUGCUUGUGGUAUAGAUAUAGUAUCGGCAAUAUGGCAACUUCAAUAUAAUAAACAAAAGAAAUCCAUAUAUGGUUUGUCAUUUGACUAUGUAUUGUUUUCUUUCUUGCAUUUAUUCCUAUCAAUUCUCACAAUUUUUCUAUAUAUUAAUAACGAUUUACAAUAUCUGAUUAGAAAUCCCAUAUAUAACAUAAUUCCUGUAUCAUUUGUUGUUUUAUUGUUUGAAAUUGCUCAAUGUUGCGUAUUAGUAUUGAUAUUAUUACAAUUACGAGUAUAUAAUUCAACUAAAAAUUCAAAUCAAGGUUUUAGUCCCUUUGGAUUAAUCUUUUUAGGAAGUAUCGGGUUUUUACUUUUAUGGGUAAUCAAAAUGUAUACAUUUCAACAAGGUAAGAUCAUAUUGUUGGAUGUAAUUGAUAUGCUAUGGAUGAUUAGUAGAACAUUAUCAUGUGUUAAAUAUUUACCUUUGAUAUCUAUGAAUUGGUUUGAUGAAUCUGUUGUGGGUGUCUUCCCCGAUUGGUGGAAAUUUCAACUUGCUACCUGUGGGUUUCAAUUAUUAGGCAAAUUAUCUAAAACUCAUUCAUGGUGGGAAAUCCCUUUAAAUUAUCCAACUUGGGUAGAAUUAUUGGCUCACUUGGUUUCACUUGUUAUUCUAAUUUAUCAAUUGUAUAUUUAUAAGGAUAACAAACCAACGUUAAAAGAAAGAUCAAAGUGA